UGUGGCAAGAAGAGCAACAUGAAUAAGGAGCAAUAUAAAUUAAUUAAGUAUUAUGAUCGUCUAUCACAAAUACCAAUGAUAAAUCCUUUAUCGAGCUGUACCAGCGAACAUGAAUUGUAUGCUACCAGUGGACGCAAGAUGAAGCAGAGGCCGCCGCAGAUGUCGCGAAAUACAAUUGAUUGCGAGUCAAAUGUUUUGGUUAAAUCCGCAAAUGCUUCCACAAAAUCUGUUGCCACUUCGACCACAAAAUUAACAUCGUUUAAUGUAGAGAGUUUUAACGUCAAGCAAGAACCAUCUGUGAUUCGGCCAUCGGGUUCUGUGGUGCGUCCAUCGGGUUCUGCGGUGCGUCCAUCGGUCACCUUUGCAAAUGCGAUGAAUGCGCUUGGAAAUAUCAAAUUAGCUACACCAGCCGAGGAUUCGCAGUGAUCUAUGUACAUAUCGUCACCUGAAA